AUGGAUAUUAGAUUAAAAAGGUUUGAUGUAUUUGGAUUAUCAAAAAAUUAAUAAUCACAAAAAAGAUUAGAUUCAAAGAGAAAAUCAGAAGAUAAAAGUUUUUUAUAAUUAAAAUAAUAUAAGCAUGAAUUCAUUAGAACUCCUUCUAAUUCUAAUACAUGUUAAACACAAAUGAAAAAAAUGAGAUUAAAACAAUAACCAUAAAUCAAUUAAAAUUAGAUCUUAUCAUAUUCACUUUCUAUUUAACAUAUUGAAUAAUUACCUAAUAGAUCUCUAGAUCCUAAAGUCAUCAAAAUAAUUCUUCCAAAUAAUAAUAAGACUAUUCAAAAUCUAAAAGAAGGAUUAACAACUAAGAGAAAUUAUUAUGAUAACUAUUUUGCUCAUAAUAAUUAAAAUGAACAAAAAGUAAAUUUAUUAUUUAUAUUCUUUGUAGGCAUCCUUUCCUACUAUAAAAUUUAAAAAUAAAAUUGUUAAAUCAUAAUUUUAAGCUAAUUUGUAGUUCUAUAAAAAAUAAUAAAGCAUUCCAAUUUAAGUUAAAUUAGCUAAUCAAGAUGAUAUCAAAAAAGAAUUAUAAACAAUAAGAAAUAGAUAUGUUAAAAGCAGAACUGAAUUUGAAAAUUCUAAUGAUCACAACAAGCCAUUACUAAGAACCUCAAAGUCAAAGUUUCAUUUACUUCAAUAAAGAAAUUAGAAUUAAAAGUUAAUUAAUAUAAUUAAUAAUUCAGUUGAGUAAAAUAUUCAUAUUAUAUUAGAUCUUAAACAAAUAUAGAUCCUGAGUAUUUGGAAGACUUUUAAAAAUAUGAUAAAAUGAAUUUAAAUCGGUUUAGGGAUGAACUAAUUUAAAAUGCCUGA